CAUGCCUCAUAAGAAACGCCUAAUUCUUCGGUAAGGUGGGAUUGGAAAAUAUACCCUACCAAACAGAACUCGAAAACGGAUUCCCGCAGCUGGCCUGGAAAACGGAUUCGCCGAUCGGACAUGGGGAAGAGAGACAUAGUGACGCUGCAACCAUCGCAGUAUUCAAAGGUGGGCUUUGUCCAGAAUCAUCAUCAAUUAGGGCAUCGCCCAACCAAAUCCCAGGAAAGUUUGCCCCUAGACCUACCCCCCGAGCAAAGACAUUUGUUUGAGGCGCUGACCUCUAAAAAAAGAAAAUUGUUCCAGGAGCUAAAUUUGGAUGAUACCAAUGAUUCAUCCACCAAAAAGGGAAAAAUACUCUGCGAGCAGAAUGUGGAAGCACAGGGUAUGCAAUUUCAACAUGCCUUACACCAUGGUAGUCAAGAUCGCAAUCUGACUCUUACGAUACUACGAGUCUAGAGAUCGCGAGCACCUCUCCGAUCCAACUCGCCUUCAGAAUCGCGAAAAUCCAUCAGGUUGGUCGGAUCAUCGAUCCGGACCGUGCAAUCACACAAUUGCAGGAGAUAGGCGAUUGUGGAAAGCACAAAGACCAAAACGCAUCGUCGCUGCAAAUCCCAGUUCCAAUCGCGUCUGUCGCGACUCCCAAAGACCAAAGCACCGUGUGUCGCGACUUUCAAUCUCACGACUUCCAACUUUGAAGCAGACUUCCAAGUCUGACUAGCCCAAGUUUCCCGACUUCUAUUUUGUCUCU